AUGCAUGAUAGAUUUAAAAAAAUAAAAAAUACAGAGAGAAUCAACCCUAUUACUCCAUCGCCUUUGAAGAUAAAAAAUGAAUGGCAUUUUAUCAAGAAAUCACCUGUAUCAAGAUUGUCUUCGUCCAUAGCUAAUGGCGUGGCUGCCACCACGACCAAGCCUCAACCGCGACACCCAGUUAUCAUUUACGCUGAUUCUCCCAAGAUAAUCCACACGAACCCUCGUGAUUUCAUGAUAUUGGUGCAAAAACUCACUGGACUCCCACGCUCGAAGGAUGAUGACGAGUCUUCUAAACAGAAAUCCGAGACGAGUAGUCAUCACGAUGAUGAAAAUAUUGAGAGCCCUGAUAAAGAUAUCAUGAAUAAUGAGAAUGACAGCAGCAAUACUAUGGGGAAUGGCCAGGCAUUCUCAAAUCGAGAACUUGAUCUAGCUACUAAACGGGUUUAA